AUGGCGAUAGUGGUGGCUGGUGCAGUGGUCACAGCUGCAAGUCCGGUAGGUGGCACGGUGGUGAGGGGUGGUGGUGCCACCAUGUUGAUUGCGGGAUUGUGGGUGGAGUGGCUUUGGGCCAUCGCGGAUCGAGACAUUACGGCGAUUCUGCCUCUCGUCUUCUUGCUUUCAACCAUGAAGCAGGGAGGCAUAAGGCCAGGUGCUGCCAAUCUUAAGAAUAGUGAAGUUCUGGAAAGCCUGGUGAAGAAGCAGGCCGCAGAUGGGAAGCUCUAUGCCACGAUUUGUGCUUCACCUGAAGUGGCAUUUGGGUCAUGGGGUGUGUUGAAGGGACUGAAAGCAACUUGCUAUCCAUCAUUUAUGGAUCAGUUAGCAUCUAGCGCAACUACUGUUGAAUCAAGAGUGCAGGUGGACGGUAAAGCUGUGACUAGUCAUGGACCUGGUACUACCAUGGACUUUGCUGUUGUGCUGGUUGAACAAUUGUAUGGGAAAGAAAAAGCUGAUGAAGUAUCUGGGCCACUGGUCAUGCAUUCCAACCAUAGGGAUGAAUUUAUCAUAACUGAGCUAAACCCAGUUGAGUGGACUCCCAAUGAUUCCCCAGUGAUUACCUAG